GGCUAGUUGCAGUUGGUUAGUUUAGUCGGUUCAGUCUGAUCUUAAUUUAAAAAUUUUAGUUAUAAAAUUAUUUAUAAUUGUGCUUCUAAGUGUAAAUAUUUAUUGGCACUACCAUAAACUUUAUUCGAUAAAACCGAUUGUUUUAAAUAUUGUCAGUAAUUUAUAGUUUUCACUUUUCAUCACAAUGUCAAACAACAAAAUAUAAUACUGCUUAUAACUUUCUCUGCUUUGGAAAAAAUCAUAUGUUCAAUAUCAACAAUGGAAGGGUCAUUAAGUAAAUGGACAAAUGUUGUCAAUGGAUGGCAAUAUCGUUGGUUUGUCCUUGAUGAUAAUGCUGGACUUCUGUCCUAUUAUACGAGUAAAGAGAAAAUGAUGCGUGGCGCUCGUCGCGGUUGUGUCAGACUACGAGGCGCAGUAAUUGGUAUUGAUGAUGAAGAUGACAGUACAUUUACUAUUACGACUUCUUCAUCAAAAGAUGAUCCAAAAACUUUUCAUUUCCAAACUCGAAAUAGUGAUGAACGUGAACGCUGGGUUCGAGCUCUUGAAGAUACUAUUUUACGUCAUUCACAUACGCGGUGGGAUCCGAAAAGUUCAUUAUCAAAGCAUGAUUUUGACCGAAAAGUGACUGAAGCUGAUGCAUUUUUACAAUUGCUUAUUGAUCAAAUAGCAUUAAUAGAAAGCAAGCUAAAUAAUGAGAAUGAAAAAGACGACAAAGAGCAAAAAUAUGCUACUAUUUUAGUCAAUGCUAACGCUGUGCUCAAUUCUAUUAAACAUACUAUUGUACAACUUCAAAUUGCAAAGAAUACAGCUAUUCCAGUUAAUGGUAUUUAUAAAGGACCUUCUAAUAUUAAUGACACAUGUAUUUUCACAACUUCUGCGCAUGUUCCAGCAGGAGAACCAGAAUCUGUCGUACAAAUAGGCAUCGAAUUAGGUUCAGAAUGUCUUGAACCCAGAGCUUCGAAUCUUCCUAAUGCUCGUAAUCUGAUGGUUCCGGAUUUUUCAUAUUCGUCAUCGGAUGAAGAUGAAGAUUAUUAUGAUGCCACAGAAGAUAUUUCUACAAUGUCAUCGUCUCAACAUCAUUUCCAAAGCAGUGAUCACGGCGCAAAAGCCAAUCUUCCAACAUUACGGGAGAUUUCCAGUCAUCAAGAUCCUCGUAGGCAACAAGGAAAUCCUCCGAUUAAAGUAGACGGAUCUCUAGACUACGAUGCUUUAUACGAAGAGGAAAGUGAACCAGAAAUGGAUUCAAUGGAGAGCCAUGGAUCAGUAGUAACUCAUCUUUUAUCACAAGUUAAAAUCGGAAUGGAUCUAACGAAAGUCGCUUUGCCCACAUUUAUCCUUGAACGUAGGUCACUUUUAGAAAUGUAUGCUGAUUAUUUUGCACAUCCAGAUCAUUUCUUACGUAUUGCUGAUUUACCAACUCCAAAAGAACGUAUGAUUCAAGUUGUACGAUGGUACUUAUGUAGUUUUCACGCUGGCCGUAAAUCUGGGGUUGCAAAAAAACCUUAUAAUCCUAUAUUAGGAGAAAUAUUCCGCUGUUACUGGGAUGUUGAGGAAGCCUCUAGUAAUUCUAAAAGCGACACUGCUAAACCAUCUGUAGAUGACAGUAUUAAUGAUGGACCAGUACCUUGGUGUCGAAAUGAUCAACUUUAUUUCAUUGCGGAGCAAGUAUCACAUCAUCCUCCUGUUAGUGCGUUUUAUGCGGAGCAUCGAGCUAAAAAAAUAUGUUUUAAUGCUCAUGUUUGGACGAAAAGUAGGUUUUUAGGUUUAAGUAUAGGGGUACACAAUAUCGGAAAAGGAUGGAUCAACUUACCGGAGCAUGGCGAGGAGUAUGUUUUGACUUUUCCAAAUGGUUACGGUAGAUCUAUUUUAACUGUACCUUGGAUCGAAUUGGGUGGUACAACGACUAUAACAUGUGCUCAAACUGGUUAUCAAGCUACUAUAGAGUUUCAGACAAAACCAUUUUAUGGUGGAAAACGUAACCGCAUAGCUUGUCAAAUCACACAACCAGGAGAGAAAAAACCUUUUCUUAUGAUUAAUGGAGAGUGGAGUGGAAUUUUAGAAGCUAAGUAUAAUGACGGUCAAACGGAUAUGUUCGCUGAUGUGACUCACAUUCCCGUUGUUAAAAAAAUGGUAAAACCGAUUUGUGAACAAGAUGAUAAUGAAUCUCGUAAGGUAUGGAGAGAUGUAACUGUUGGCUUAAAAAUAAAUGACAUGGACAAAGCAACUGCCGCUAAAUGUUUCAUUGAACAAAAACAGCGAGAUGAAGCCAGAAUCCGCAAAGAAUCAAAUUUAUUGUGGAAAACUAAAUAUUUCAAAGAAACAAAAGAUGGAGGAUGGAUGUACAUCAAACCAUUAACACAAUGACGGAGUUCGACGUACAAUUUGCUAUAAAAAUUGAAUUAUUUAGUGUUCACAAUAUACCAAAAAUAAAGAGCCUAAAAUAGUUAUUAAAUCUGAUAUAUAUAUAUAAAAGAAUUAGUUUCCCAAUAAAUUUAACUACUAAAAGAAGUGUCGAAUUAUAGUUUUUUAAGCUAUAUACAUAAACUCUAAAUUGGAAUAAAGGAAAACAAUUUCUUGAUAACAAUAACUAGUCCAAUUAAAUGAAGCUUACACCAUACUAAGAGGAAAAAUGUACAUUUUCAAAAAAAAAUGCUUGAUCCAAGUAUUUUAGUUACUUAACCCUUCGUCACUCGCUCAAUGAGCGCGGCGCAGCCUUUUUUACAAUUAUGCAAUUUUCUCAUCCCGGGAAAAAAUGAUCAGACCUGAUCAGACAUGAACAGGCAUGAGUCUUCAGGCCUGAUCAGACAUGAAAAAUGACCAUGUCUGACCAGGCAUGUUCAGGUCUGUUCAUGCCCAUCCGGGUAAAAAAAUUAUAUAUAAAAAAUGGCCCUAUAUAAUUAUAUCUAAUUAUGUAUAACUAUAUUCAAUUAUACAUGUAUAUAAUUAUUGCUAUAAAAAUAAAAAAAAUAAAAAAUUCGGGCGUGUGCAGGAUUUGAACCGUGGACCUUGCGCUCGAAAGUGUAACUCGCUACCCACUGACCUAAGAGAUUUAGUUGAAAAGUAAGUUUCGUAUGAACUUCAAGUAAUAAAAAUCUUAUACGUGAUAGAUUCUUGGUCAACAAAAUUUUAGAUCUAUGAGCAGGCAUGAACAGCCAUGAACAGACAUGAACAUACAUGACCAGGCAUGAACAGGCAUGGACAGGUAUGAUCAGGCCUGAGCGUAUUUAACGCUUCAGACAUGAACAGACAUGACCAGGCAUGGACAGGUAUGAUCAGGCAUGAGCGUAUUUAACGCUUCAGACAUGAACAGGCAUGAACAGACAUGACCAGGCAUGAACAGACAUGACCAGGCAUGAACAGACAUGACCAGGCAUGGACAGGUAUGAUCAGGCAUGAACAGGCAUGAUCAGGCCUGAGUGUAUUCAACGCUUCAGACAUGAACAGGCAUGGACAGGUAUGAUCAGGCCUGAUCAUGUCUAAUUUCAGGCCUAAUCAUACAUGAACAGGCAUGAUCAGGUCUAAUUUCAGGCCUGAUCAUACUUGAACCGGCAUGGUCAGGUCUGAUCAUUUUUUCCCGGGAUAAUUACGGUGACGGAUGACGUCGAAAAAAUUAGAAUGCUUGAAUUAGACAUUCUAAAAGAAUUUCUAGCAUUAGCCGCUCCUAAGAAAUAAAUUAUUUUGUUAAAAAAAAAUAUUUUCAUGCGAAAGAAAUUGAAAAGCGGCGCGACGCCGCCCAGUGCAAGUUAGUAACCGGUAAAUGGCCGCCGCGCGCUGCUGCCAACUUGUGUGUGGUAAUAUUCUCUUGUACGAUAUAGAUAUAUAAAUAUUUAGGUUUGACAUUGAGGUAUUCUCUCUUAAUAGAGAUACAUUUUUUAUUAAUAAUUAAGAAUAAUUCUACGCGUAAUAAGUAUUUCGUCACAAACAAAAAUAUGUUAUUUAAAUAUUAAUUAUUAUAUUUACAAAUAUAUAUUUAUAUUAUAUGUAAUUUGUGUAUAAUAUUCACGAAGAAUUUCGAGGUUAUAACCACAACAG